AUGGGUUUGAAGAUGUGGUUUUUUCAAGGCGACGAUGGGAAUAAGAAACACCUGGAGCGGCUCCUGAACAUCUGGAAGGAGCGGAGUCUGUACAGAGCAGACUACAUCCAGCAGCUGAAGCUCGCCAUCGAGGACUCCCACAGCCCCAAGGCCCGGACCCAGGCCCGGACUCAGGCCCUCACUGUCAAAGAGGAGAAGAAGGCAGUGAAACGAGUCUAUCAGCAGAUCCAGGAGGAAGAGGAGGAUGAAGAUGACGACUACAGAAGCCACAUGUCUCCACGGACCUCAGACUCUACUGCUGCUCAGCUGACAGAGGAGUUGGUGAAGGCCCUCCAGGACCUGGAGAACGCCGCCUCAGGAGACGCAGCCGUCAGACAGAAGAUUGCAUCUCUGCCUCAGGAGGUCCAGGACGUGUCUCUGCUGGAGAAGAUCACAGAUAAGGAGGCAGCAGACCAUCUCUCUCAGACCGUGGACGAGGCCUGUUUGCUGUUAGCAGAGUAUAAUGGUCGUCUGGCGGCGGAGCUGGAGGAUCGCAGACAGUUGGCCCGAAUGCUCACGGAAUAUAUCAACAGUCAGAGAGACGCACUGUCAGAGAGACAGAGCAAGCUGGAGGAGUACAAACAGAAACUGGCCAGAGUGACGCAUGUGAGGAAGGAGCUGAAGUCUCACAUCCAGAGUCUGCCGGACCUGUCCCUGCUGCCCAACGUCACAGGAGGCCUGGCCCCGCUGCCCUCUGCAGGAGACCUGUUCUCCACCGACUGA